CAUUUCUAACGGAAUAACGAGGGGAAGUACACUUGCGCUUAUCUCCGUGCAUUCUUUUAUGGCCAACCCCAUUUGAUGUCGUGGCUUCACAUGCACGAAAGCUGCCACGAUUCCAUCUCCUUUUAUCUACUCACCAGCCACAAAAUUGUCCUUUGCCCUAACCCCAGUUUUCAAUCCAAUUUGAUUUUUCUGGAAGAGAUUAUAAAAUUGAUGGAUUCUUAUUGCUCUGUUUCUGCGCUCGUAUAAGGAUUUUUCAUUCUGCUCUUCUAUAACCGGUAUGGAUCACUUAUAUGAUUACUGGAUUAGGUGGUGAAUCAUGGAUCGCCUCAACAAUCCUGCUCGUCUCAUGAUAGUUUCAGAUCUUGAUCAUACAAUGGUUGAUCAUCACGAUUCCGAGAAUCUUUCUUUGCUUAGGUUUAAUGCCUUAUGGGAAGCCAACUAUCGACAUGAUUCUCUACUAGUUUUCUCAACUGGAAGGUCACCUACCCUUUACAAACAGUUGAGGAAAGAGAAACCCAUGUUAACCCCGGAUAUAACAAUAAUGUCUGUGGGAACUGAGAUAACAUAUGGAAACUCAAUGGUCCCGGAUAAUGGUUGGGUUCAAUUUCUAAAUCAGAAAUGGGAUAAGAACAUAGUCAUGGAGGAAACAAGAAAGUUUCCAGAACUAAAACUUCAGUCAGAAACAGAGCAACGACCCCACAAGGUUAGCUUUUAUGUUGAUAAAGAUAAGGCUCGGGAUGUGAUGAGGGCUCUUUCGGAACUAUUGGAAAAACGUGGGUUGGAUGUCAAAAUAAUUUACAGUGGGGGGAUGGACUUGGAUAUAUUAUCCCAAGGUGCUGGAAAAGGACAAGCUCUUGCAUAUUUGCUAAAGAAGUUUAAGGCUGAGGGGAAACUGCCAAACAACACUCUUGUUUGUGGUGACUCUGGAAAUGAUGCUGAACUUUUCAGCAUUCCUGACGUUUAUGGGGUCAUGGUGAGCAAUGCCCAGGAAGAGUUGUUGCAGUGGCAUGCUGAAAAUGCUAAAAAUAACCCUAAGAUAAUCCAUGCAACUGAAAGGUGUGCAUCAGGGAUCAUACAAGCAAUUGGUCAGUUUAGCCUAGGUCCAAAUACAUCUCCAAGAGAUCUGAAAUGCUCCUCAGAAUGUAAGAUGGAAGACACCAAUCCUGGUCAUGAAAUAGUGAAAUUUUACUUGUUCUAUGAGAGAUGGAGGCGUGCAGAAGUUGAGAAUUCUGAUCAGUCUCUAGAAAAGCUGAAAGCAGUUUGUUAUCCAUCUGGUGUUUUUAUUCACCCAUCUGGUGUUGAGCGACCUCUUCAUGAUUGCAUAAGUGCAAUGAAAAACUGCUAUGGUGACAAAAGAAAAAGCUUGCGGGUCUGGGUGGAUCGGGUUUCAUCUGCACAGAUCAGUUCAGACACUUGGCUAGUGAAGUUUGAUAAGUGGGAAUUAUCUGGUGAAGAAUGGCAGUGUUGCAUGACCACGGUUAUAUUAAGGUCCAGGGCCGCAAGUCUUUCGGAUGGUUUCACUUGGAUGCAUGUGCAUCAGACAUGGCUGGAAGGCUCUGGUGCUAAAGAUCAAACAAAUUGGCUUUUCUAGAUUCCAAAGACUCCGAGAUCUAGUACUAAACCAUAAAUAUCCUUCUAUUAGAAUAAAUGCAAAAUCUUAUGAUGGUGAUUUAUUUUUGGUAAUCCUUAGUCCUUUUAUCACCAUCUAUGAAAUAAUUAUCAAGUGGAGAUUUAUGAUAAGGGCUCUGGUUAUAUUCCUUCACAUGUUUUCCUGAUCCUAUUUUUCUGCUUAAUAAAGGGAAAGCCAUACCAUUAGAUUGGUUGUGUGGAGCAUAUUUACAGUAGUUGAAAGCUUACAUAGUACUUGGGAUGAUGGUGAUACUCAGAUUGUAUAGUAUUUGAAAGCUUUUGCUUAUGGGGCGAGGAUGAGAUUGUUCAGUUUAUUUUUUUUGAAGUUACUAUAUAUUUAUAUGCAAUAUCAAAGUUUUCACAGCA